AGUACCCUAUUCUAUACCUCGACAGAGAGAGGGAGAAGUGUGCAUGAUGCGAUUCUUCACAAACAGGCUUCCAGAUUUUGUCCCGGAAAAGCCUGUAUCUAUAGAUAAAUCCAAAUGGCAUGACAAAGCUGUAACGUUCGUAAAAACAAUCCUGGAGGGGGUGCCUCCUGAUCCUGGGACGUGCGGGGGGCUCUAUAAAGGGAGUGCGGGUGUAGGCUACAUGCUUUACUACCUAGCCACGCACGAAGCUUUUCAUAGUGAGAGACAAGAAUAUUUAAAACAUGCAUUUAUGUAUGUCAAAGCGAACACUGACUAUAUUGAAAAGGGGAAAAUGAGAAGCAAUCCCCUUUCAUCUUUCCUCUCUGGACAGGCAGGAGUGAUCUUUUUAUGUAGCUUAUUGUGCAAAACUGUAGGGGAUGAAAAGAGUUUUAAACAAUAUUGUGAUCAGUAUGCAGAAUUUGCUGAGGAAUGUAAAAAGAUGGACUUCUGUGAAGGGAGGGGAUCUGAUGAGCUUUUUAAAGGAAGGGCAGGAUACAUGUGUGGGGUGUUGUCACUGCUGCAGAAAACAGGCCAUAAGGUUUUAAGAGAUGAUGUUUUGACCGCUUUGUGGAAAACCAUGGUUGCAUCUGGAAGAAAAGGAGCAGAAGAGCAAACAUCCAGACCCAAGUCUCCUCUCAUGUACACAUAUCACGGCAAAGAAUAUUUGGGUGCUGCCCAUGGUUUGUCGUCCAUUCUACAGAUGCUGUUGAGUUUCCCUGAUAUCCUAAGGUCUGAUCCAGCUGCUGAACAGGACAUCAGGAAAUCUGUGGAUUUCAUGCUGAGUCUGGAGUACAAUGGAAACUACCCAUCAUCAAUGGGUCAUGCAGAUCCUCAACAUCGCCGCCCCGAGGAAAAGGAGUUGGUUCAGUGGUGCCAUGGAGCCCCAGGUGUGGUUUACCUGUUUGGGAGAGCCUACAAGGUAUGGGGGGACCAGAAAUACCUGGAUGCAUGUCUGCGAUGUGGAGAGACAACCUGGACUAAAGGUCUGCUGAAGAAAGGCCCUGGAAUCUGUCACGGAGUGGCUGGUAGUGGCUACGUUUUUCUCCUGCUAUACAGACUGACUGGAGACUGCAAACAUCUUCACCGUGCACAACAGUUUGCAGAAUUUCUGUUUACUGAAAAAUUUGAGCGGGAAGCACAAGUCCCAGACUCCCCGUUCAGUCUGUAUGAAGGCUUCGCUGGCACAGUGUGCUUCUUGGUUGACCUGAUACAACCUGACAAAGCUGAAUAUCCCUUUUUCAAUGUGAUUUUUUGAAGGAAUCCCCUCUUGGUAUAUCUAGUUUUCUCAUUUUUGGGAAAAGAUAUUGAAAUUAACAGUCCUCCAUCUCUUACCGGUAACUUUCAAGUGCAAAAACUAUAACAGUUCAAGAAAGCCAGAAAGACAUGAAUUAUAUAUAGGCUUGUGACAUGCCUUGCAAAUAUUUAUUUACAUUGUGCCAGUGUUAGUCAUACAUGUGUAUUUAUUGAAUUUCAUUUCAUUAGACUAAGUGGAAUCUCAGCCUGAACUCAUUAUUGUGCUAUAGUUUUAAGUGUGUAUAUACACUGACUAAAUCUUUUUUCUUAAAAUAAUAUGAAAUAUGAGAUAAAGAGCAUUAAAUAUGCAGUUUGGAAACACAAUAUUUUGUUUGUUUCUUGUGCUUGAUUUAUCU